UGCUCCAGUCCCGCAUUGCAUCGGAGCUGAAGGUUGGUGAGACCGCUGAAGCAGCGCCGGAUUCCCGGGAGCUCGCGUUCGUGUAAGCUUCGGUUCAGUGAAAACGGAGGGAGCCCCGAGCGUUUAGGCUGUGAGCACGCUGGGGCCGAGAGCAUCCGCCGGUCGGGUGCCGGUUGAACGCUGGGGACCGGGAGAGGUUUGAAGGCGUGUCUGAGCAGGGGUGAGGCUUUUCUACGGCAGAGGACGGGCGGGGCCUCGAGCGAGCGCUCUCCGAACUGACCUCCGAAACCGACGUACCCGUUGUGUUCGUGGGAAGGAGAAAGCUAGGCGGCCAUGGUCCGACCCUGAAGUCUUAUCAGGAGGACAGACUUCAAAAGCUACAGAAAAUGAAUGGCUCUGAGGAUCUCCCCGAGUCCUAUGACUAUGACCUCAUCAUCAUCGGAGGAGGCUCAGGAGGACUGGCAGCGGCUAAGGAGGCAGCCAAAUAUAACAAGAAGGUGAUGGUCCUGGAUUUUGUCACUCCAACCCCUCUUGGAACUAGAUGGGGUCUCGGAGGAACCUGUGUGAAUGUGGGUUGCAUACCUAAAAAACUGAUGCACCAAGCAGCUUUGUUAGGACAAGCCCUACGAGACUCUCGGAAUUAUGGGUGGAACGUGGAGGAGACCGUUAAACAUGACUGGGAAAGAAUGACAGAAGCUGUGCAGAACCACAUUGGCUCUUUGAACUGGGGCUACCGCGUAGCUCUGCGGGAGAAGAAAGUCACCUAUGAGAAUGCAUAUGGGCAGUUUGUUGGUCCUCAUAAGAUUAAGACAACAAAUAACAAAGGCAGAGAAAAAAUUUAUUCAGCAGAGAAAUUCCUCAUUGCCACUGGUGAAAGGCCACGUUACUUGGAUAUCCCUGGUGACAGAGAAUACUGCAUCAGCAGUGAUGAUCUUUUCUCUUUACCUUAUUGCCCGGGUAAGACCCUGGUGGUCGGAGCAUCCUAUGUCGCUUUGGAAUGUGCUGGAUUUCUUGCUGGCAUAGGUUUAGAUGUGACUGUUAUGGUACGAUCCAUUCUCCUUAGAGGGUUUGACCAGGACAUGGCCAACAGAAUUGGUGAACAUAUGGCAGAACACGGUGUCAAGUUUAUAAGGCAGUUUGUGCCGAUAAAAGUUGAACAAAUUGAAGCUGGGACACCAGGCCGACUCAGGGUGGUAGCGAAGUCCACCAAUGGUGACACAACCAUCGAAGAAGAGUACAACACGGUAUUGCUGGCAAUCGGAAGAGAUGCUUGCACAAGAAAAAUUGGCUUAGAAACUGUGGGGGUAAAAAUAAAUGAAAAGACUGGAAAAAUACCCGUCACGGAUGAGGAGCAGACCAAUGUGCCUUACAUCUAUGCCAUUGGCGAUGUGUUGGAGGGGAAGGUGGAGCUCACCCCAGUAGCAAUCCAGGCAGGAAGAUUGCUUGCACGGAGGCUGUACGCUGGCUCCACCGUCAAGUGUGACUAUGAAAAUGUUCCAACGACUGUAUUUACUCCUUUGGAAUAUGGUGCUUGUGGUCUUUCUGAAGAGAAAGCUGUGGAGAAAUUUGGGGAAGAAAAUAUUGAGGUUUAUCAUAGUUACUUUUGGCCAUUGGAAUGGACCAUUCCAUCAAGAGAUAACAACAAAUGUUACGCAAAAAUAGUCUGUAAUAUCAAAGACAAUGAACGAGUUGUCGGCUUCCACAUGCUGGGUCCAAAUGCUGGGGAAGUUACCCAGGGCUUCGCAGCAGCACUCAAGUGCGGACUGACCAAAGAUCAGCUGGACAGCACCAUCGGCAUCCACCCUGUCUGCGCAGAGGUAUUCACGACACUGUCGGUGACCAAGCGCUCUGGGGGAAGCAUCCUCCAGGCUGGCUGCUGAGGUUAAGCCCCAGUGUGGAUGCUGUUGCCAAGAUUCUAAACCACUCCUGUGUUUCUUGCCCAAAUCCAAGGCGAGGUUUUUGGGGAAGGUUCCUGGGCUUCAGCACCUGCUUGUCCUGUGCUUACACUCCUGAAGCCCCCUUGGAUCUCAUGGGUAGCAGGUGGUGGGUGGAAGGCAGACAGCAUCACACUGGGGUCACCAUGAUGGACUCGAAACUGACAUUCGGUGAGCAUCGGAGAGAUGCGCCCAUGAAGUCACCAGCCUCAAGCCCGUGCGGUGGGCGGUGAUGGAACCGUCGAAGCAGUUUUCGCAUGGCCUUUCCUUUGUGGGCUUUCUUAUCUACAUUGUCAAGCUUUCUAAUGUUGAUUGGCUUUUGUUUUUUGGGUUUUUUUUUCGUUUUUUUCUCCAAGAUGUUAAUGAUACUAGAGACGAAAAAAUGUUAGCAGUCAAUCUUUCUCCUGCUUUUGGCUUCAGUGUGGAGAUGAGGUGGCUCGUUGCUGGGAAGGUGUGAUGGGCUCAUAGGCUUGUCCCAUGAGAAACAGCCGCCCAGGGACCCAAAUGUGGUAUUUUGCUUGGCUGGCCUGUCUGCAGUGGCUCCCUAGGGAGUUACAUGCCCAAAACAAGUCAAGUUACGAUUGGCCAAAUUUGCCCCCUUGCGCUACACUGAUUUUAUUUUUAGUUCUGUUUAGAAAAGGAAAUGGCUGCAUGGCCAGCCUAUUGGAAUUGCUGUUCCACUGCACGGAGCUUGGUGGCAUAUUGUGCUUUCCACCGUCAUCUGUCACAGAAGCAGAUGUACACCUGAAAUGGGGAAGAACAAUAAAUGUCUUUAUUUAGUCCAUUGUGUGCUGGUCUAAGUGAGCUGAGGUCUUUUGCAAUGGAAACACUUCACGUGUUUGAAACUUCGGUGGGUGGCUUUUGCUUUAGGCUAGAAACGCAGAGUAUCACAGCUUGUCUGUCUUAUGUGUAUGUGUUACGUAUCUAUCCCUAAGAAUUAGAUUCAUAGGAAAAAUAAGUCUUUCCACACUUAAAUGAUUUCACUCUUUUGUGGUAAUUACUUUUUUUUUAAAGGAAGCUGUUAAUAUCAUAACUUAUUAUUUUUGAGCACAGGUGGAUGUGAAGGAUUUUCAUUUAAAACCUAAAUGUUUUGACUUUUUCUAUUGAAUGAAUAACUGCCCGGGGUGGUAUUUUUGGCACAAGUGUUUCUGCUCUGCUAGCAUUCCAACUUGUAUUACCACAGAGAGUUAUUACCUCUGCAGUUACAGAUUUUUUGCUAAAUGUGCUGACUGCGGGGUAUGUCAGGCCGUUUUCGCUCUAGAAGCUGGGUUUUAAGCCUGCCGUGGACAUUGGGCCUCCCCCCAGCAGUUCUUGAAGCUCCUUUUUUCCCUUCCCCUCUGUGUGUGUUUCUCAGCACUGAGUGGUUGAUUCAAAGUACAUUUCCAGUCACCUCAGGGAACUCUUGCUUCUGCCCGUUGUUUGGUCAGCAGAGCUCCUAACCCUGUCUGCCGCACAGCUCUGCCUCAUGCCUCAUCCCGUCCACCUGUGUGGAGAGAAUGGGGAAGGAAAAGGGGGUGGGGGUCGAGGCAGCUGACUGUGUGCAGUUUUAUUUAUUUUUUUUUAGUUUGUUUUUUCUCCGAGUCUGCCAGGCUCUGAAGUCAGAACAAGGCAGUGUGAGAUGAUCAUGCCUAAUCAUGUUGUGAUCCUGUCUUCCUAGUGGAAUGGAACGUUCUGCCCCCACAAGGAGGAUUACACCUUAUCGACUUCUUCUCUGUAAUUGUCCACUGUAUCAAAACCCGUAUUAAAUUCCAUGUAUUUUUGUUAAAAGUCUUUUGAAGAAAACAAUGUGAAACAUUAAAAAGGUAUUAAUAUCCA